CAGAAGAUCAGCGAAAACGGGGUCAACACGCUCCUGAUGAAGUUCGUCAAGGUGUCCCAACAGCAGCACCAUGGCGGGCAGAACGACGAGACCAUCACCGCCAGCGAGCAGGGUGAAAGUGACCAACCACAAGCGGCGGGGCGAUCGGACACCGGUGGUGCAAGCCGAGGUCAGAGCCGCCGUAUCCAGGGCGAGCUGCCCAUCAACCAGGCCACCCUGUUGGGCACACUCUUCCUCUUUUGCCACGUCUGCCUUGAAGUGGCGCAAUUGCGUGGGGCCAAGAUCACUGAGGAAGAGAAGGAGAGCUACUGGCAUCUGUGGCGUUACAUCGGCUACAUGCUCGGCAUCGAUGAUCAGGUGAUGCCGCAGAAAUACGACGACGGACUCUCAGCCAGGUUGGGCGCGAUCUACCGGGAAAGGCAGCAACCGGACUACACCAGCAAGCUGCUGACCACGAGCACGGUGGAUGCGAUGGCCGACCUGCCCAGCAUUCCCUUCAAUCGUCCGCUUUUCAACGUUUCCAUCCGCAAGUUUCUCGGCGAGCCCCUGAGCAAUGCGCUGGGCAUCGGUUUGCUUUCCAAUAGCGGACGGACAGGGCGACUGUGGCGAAGUGGUGGGUGUCGAAGUACUGCUACGUGCUGUGCGACACGUUCAACGUCGUCUUCCCGCCCCUCAAGCAGCUGCAGAACUACCUCUUCUGGCGCUUCGUGGACGAGGUCUACCAGGAGUACUUCACCAUUCACCUCCCUCCUCCUUCGCUCCUGCCCGACUCCUCUUCUUCUUCAUCUUCUUCUUCUUCAUCUCUUUCCUCUUCAUCGCCACCAAACCUGCCCACAGCAUUUUUGUCCCUUCCUAUCCGGCUCCUCGAGUGGCUCUACACAGAAGGCCACCACACUGGUGCGAUGCCCCUUUGGUGGCUGA